CGAUCAUGAAGCAAUGAACGAUUCCAGGAGCAGUAGCAUGCUCCUAGUGCGCGCUGCCUCCGUCGCCCUGCUGCUGCUGCUGCUCCUAGCUGUGAUCACAAGCACCUGCUGUCCAUCUCGUCCUCGCGUCUCUGGCCCUUCAUCGCCGCCCUUGGCCGUCAACGUCUCUCAGCAUGGACCCUUGCCUUCACUAAGAUUCCUUACUUUCAACGUGUACGGGCCGUUCUCGGGAUCAUCCAACGUGCGGGAGCGACUGAGUGAUCUCGUGCGCUAUGUCGGCAAGUACGAUGUGAUCGCGAUGCAAGAGGUUUUCACCAUGUCGGUCUUCGGGGUUGUGAUAUGGGGACAUCAACGUUGGCUGGUGGACAGGAUGAGAGAGCAAGGCUUCACAUAUCAUGUCGUGCCGCCAGAUCCUUGGUUUGGUCAGAAUGCUGGACUUCUGAUAGUGAGCCGCUUCCCUUUGACAGAGGCUGUCUGGCUCCCAUAUACGGAUUGGAGUGGAAUUGAUAUGUGGACUUGGAAGGGGUCGAUUUUUGCAGACCUUGAGAUCUCAGAUCGUUUGUCAAGGUUGAAGGUUGGCAACACGCAUCUGCAAUGCGGGAAGGGAAGGACUCUGCACAGCAUACAGCCUCGCAAUUGGUGGCUGAUGGGACUGGAAGCAUUCUUCUUGCACCUUUCGAGUUAUGCGGUAAAUUCAUGCGGAAUAUACACGAGAAGUGUUCGCCAAUCCCAAGUGUCUGAAAUCGUACGACACAUACGCGAAACAGUCGGGCUGAAGCUCCAAGAACAGCAUCUCUUGUGCGAUCGCUGCAAGCUGGGAGGAAUUUUACUCGUGGGAGAUCUCAACAUCGACGCGAGGCACCAGCUGAAAGCCUACCAGGCAGCGAAUCGUACCUUAAACCCGCUAGAGGACAUUCUGCUGGCGGAACAGAUCUCAAAAGGACAAGCGGUUUCUUUCACAGAUAGAAACGCAACGGACAUCAUAGGCUUCGAAUCAUUGGACUACGCAUGGUUCUCGAGUGUCAGAAGUCAACAGCUAGCGAAUAGCUCGUAUGUAUAUGUGUCAGGCAGUGCUCAGGUAUUUGGUCUGAAAGCAUUCAAUGAGACGUAUGGGGUCGGAGAAAACAAGUUUAUCUCGGAUCAUUUGGCUCUUGAGCUUCAAAUCAAGCCUGUGAACGCAUGAUUUCUGUCUCGUCCUUCGAGUUCCUUCGUCGCCCUGAAAGAGACAUGCCCAGUUUAUUGUUUGAUCGUGGUUUGUACAUGCGCGUGUUGGGUUGAGGAUUACAGCCCUUCUAUCUGUACCAUACUUCACUGAAAUCUGAAUCUCUUCUGCCUCUUUCUCUGUCCCUUUAUCUCUGCCUCCAACCCUCACGACUGUCUUUGUAAUAUAAGUGGCUCAAUCG